AACGUCUUGAACGGGUUCGUCCCGCGCGGCUUCCACGGCCAGGCCAGUCAUCAUACAAAGGUGAGUCGGGAUACGAGACACGCCUAAAUCGGCAGAAUCGGCACGAUCGGCAUAAUCGUCGAAAGGACCACACGUCCCCCGUCGAGUUUCGUAGUCCGGUUGCCCACGUUCGCGAAACAAUUCACGGAAAACUCUGUUGGCCGGUGGUAUGUGACUUAACGGGACCUUGGAAAACACAGCGGCGAAUGCGCGAAGCGAACUGGAGGGUUCUGCGCGUCUACGGCGUUGUCGGACGGGAAGUUCGUGGACAGGGGCGGAGAAAUGGGAUGCCAAGGAGCAGGAAGAGGAAGAUAUUAAAGAUAAUCGUUGGUGCGUACACCGGCAGGAAUAGUGUAUCUGGCCGAGUAGAAGGCGGGAGAGGGCUGUCAGUCGGAAGUUCUCCGAGGAAGGCGCUCCGUGCUCCGUGCGCGCGAUAGUAGGUCGAGUUCGCGUUCGGCCGCGCUCGCCGGAGCUCGGGCAGGCUCGGCGGACUCGAAUUCGAAGUUGGUUCGGGCGCGCUAAGCGCUCGGUCAGUCCAGUCGGUCCAGUCAGUCGCACGCGGCACACGAAAGCCACGAAAAGUCGUGGGAGGUGUACGAAAGGCACGCGAUAGAACACAGAAAGAGAUAACGAUAGAGAUAGAGAUAGAGAGAUAGAGAGAGAGAGAGAGAGAGAGAGAGCGAGAUAGAAAGAGAGACCAGCAGGGACGGAUGAGAGAUUCGGUCCAGCCGCUGGGAAGAAAGAGACGACAGGUGAGACGAGCCGCGAGAGGAAACAAGUUGAACGGAACCGGACCGAGACGAGAACGGGAUCGUGGUCCGCGCGUUUCCGGCGCGUUGGAGACUGGACGAUCGAGAGCUCCGAUCGAGAGCGCGAUCGGCAUCGGAAUCGGAAUCGGAAUCGUAAACGGCAUCGACUCAGAACUGUCACCAGUGUGAAAUAGUACGGGAGAUCACCGGGAAGAGGCGAGAUGGUGUACGGAGGAGGCUUCGAUAUGGUGGAAACGAAUUCGCACGUGCACGCGGACGAUCCUAUUUAACACUGAACCUACCAAGCAGUAAUAGUAACUGGCGCGCGUUGCUUCAUAAAAAAAUGCCACAGACAGUGCCCUCCGCAGCCGGCUACUCGCCGUCGUUCGACUACAGCACGUUCCAGUUCGAUCUGUCCCUCCUCUCGGACGAUUAUGUCGCGACAAGCGCGCAGAACGCGUUGAAACCAGCCCAAAUCAAACAGGAAGCAGAAUCGCCGCGUCCCGGCUCACCCAUCGCCACGUACUCGAGCCCGCCGUAUCCAGGCGCCGGUAGCGAACUACCGCUGUCCCCCAAUUACUCUCGCGACGGCUCGCCAGGGUACCCGACCAGCCCCUACUACGUGCCCAGGAGCCCCCAAAGCGCACAGUUCUAUCCGACCAGCCCGGAACCGUCCGCGAAACGACCGGUCAAGAGAGAAAAAAGUCUCGAUCUGCUGGCCAUCCUGCAGGAGUCCAGGCUCUUGGCGGAGAGUCUGGGCUACCGAGAGGACUCGACGGACUGCACGGUGCCGUGCACACCUCCCCGAACGGAAGAGGACAUCUACAACAGCCUUGACGCGGACUUCUUCGCGAAGAAGGAAGAUGCCGUGGUGCAGGGUCAUCCGUUGCUGAAGGAAAUCCUGUUCAAGGAGGAGCCGCGCGGCUGCGACACCAGCAACCGCAACAACCGCAACAGCCGCGGCAACCGCGGCGACAACGGCGACAACGGUAGCUCCUCCGGGCCGGCGUCCUCCUCGUCGACGGCCUGCUCGUCGCCGGACCCGAUCGACCUCGAGACGAACGGCUCCUCCUUGAGGAGUUUGCUCUUCAAGGGUGCCAGAAAGGACUUCGCGGAAGUCGCCAGGGCGAACGCGUUGAAAUUGGAGAGAGCCCAGGACGACGAGAUCGGGAAUCCGUUGCAGAAGGAGGAGGAGCUCUUCAAGGACAGGCAGAAGAGCGACCACCAGUUGCUCCGGGAGGUCUUGAGGGACACCAGCUUCCAGAAGAAGUACAACCUGAGACCUGUCGACCUGGGGAACGUCGGCACCGGGUUCGUCGAGGACAUGGAACCCGGCGAGUGCGUAGGAGACCUCACCAGGGAGCAAAUCGAGCCUGUCCUGAGCCUGGCCAUACAACAGCUGCAGAAGGACUUUGACAACACCUGCGUGGCGCUCGGAAUUCAUCCAGAACCGCGACGCUGGAGCGCGGCGGACGUGGCCGCCUGGAUACAAUGGGCCAGAAGGCAAUUGCAGUUGCCCUCGGUGCCAUUGGAGAGCUUCAACGUCGACGGCGCGACGUUGACGUCGCUCACCGAGGAGGAAUUCUGUCAGCGUGCACCUCAGUGCGGAAGCAUGUUGCACGCGCAGCUGGAAAUUUGGAAGGCAGCCGUCGAAGAAUCGCCGCGCAACACGUUGGCGGCUUCCUGGAGUCCCGCUGGUGUCGUUCAAACCCCAAACAACUCGACAGGCUCGUCCGCGAUUGGAAACGCAACCAACGUCACUGUGAAAGGCUCGUCCUGCAGCGUGGACUUCUCCGAUGACGAAGACGAGGACUGCGGUUCCUCGCAGACGGGCUCGGGCAGCGGCGGGAACGGAAGCGGCAGCGGCGGCGCGAGCGGCACUGGGACCGGCAAGAUGCGAAACGGCGGCUCGCACAUUCACCUGUGGCAGUUCCUGAAGGAGCUGCUGCAGAGCCCGGCGGCUCACGGGUCCUGCAUUCGCUGGCUGGAUCGGGCCAAGGGCGUGUUCAAGAUCGAGGACUCGGUCCGCGUGGCGAGGCUCUGGGGCAAACGGAAGAAUCGGCCGGCCAUGAACUACGACAAGCUGAGCCGUAGCAUCAGGCAGUACUACAAGAAGGGGAUCAUGAAGAAGACCGAGCGCAGCCAGAGGCUGGUCUAUCAGUUCUGCCAUCCGUAUUGCCUCUAAAACGGUAUCGGAUCGGCUGAGAUCGACUGGACUCGACCCGGCUCGACUCGGCUUGACUCGGCUCGGCUCGGACUUGUCUCGUCUCGGCUCGCCUCGGCUCGGCCUUCGGGCACUCUCGGCACUCGGCCGUCCAGGGUGUUACCUCGGCGCGCCUCGCCGAUCAUUAUUCUAUUUAUUCCGCGAACAAGGCGACGAAAGGUCGCUCGCGCUCGCACGGGCACCGCGGCCGCGCGCGCGCGCGCUGUGCCAGGACGUGGCUGAGCUGCGUCCGCGUCACCCGAGUAUAUUUAUUGAAAAGCGCGCCGGGGAACGGUCCGCUGUCGCGAAUCCUCGUUUCACGGGACCGAGAGGCACGCCCGCCGUUUCUCUCCGGGUCCGGAGUCCGGAGAUGAUUGUCGACGAGCCGAGAGGGUGAAGAAACGCCUCCGCGGCGAUUACCGGGUGGCCAAGGUCGUCGGCCGAUCACCUUGAGAGAGCCCGCGGGUCCCGAAGGGAGAGCCGCGCUACGAAAGGGCUUCCGACAUUUCUUUUCACCCGUAAUUUCUUUGAAUCUUCUCUCCUUCUCGUCUAUAUUUAGCUGUGGUCGAGACACGCGUCGCACGCGUUCGUGUCUCCUGCGUGUUUGUCGCCCGUGUUCCGGGCUUGUUGUUUGCCUGACUGUCUGUCUGCCUGCCUGCUUGCCUACCUGCGUGCCUGUCCUGUGCGCCUGUAUAUGUUUGCGUCUUCUGUUUAGUGUGUAUGGUCAAAAGAGAAUCAGCCACGGAGGUCGAUGGUAAACGAUCCACCGUGUCCGGCUCGCUAUCCUUCGCGGAUCACGCCGCGACGCGGAUGGGUGUCUCUAGUACGCCCGUUUUGGGCGACCCUUAUAUUCACUUACCCCCUCCCCCCAACAAUUCUGUCCAGUCUCCUCCUUCUCCUCCUUCUCCUCAUCGAUCCCAACAAUUUUGACCGAAGAACCCCCACAUCCAAUUGUCUCUGCCCCCAAUUAACCAGCUGUAACAUACAAGAUAGAAACCAUCUUUAUCUUAAGAUUAAGUUGAUUCCGCGUUACCCGAGCCACCAUUUCGCCGCGGCGAGCGGCUGGUCGGACCGCGACAGCCGCGGAGCCGCGUUAUGGUUGCAGCCGCGUCCCAAAGACGGAUUUUGGUCGAUCCUGAGGUCUCUCGGCCGGCGCCUCGCUCACUAUUUGCUCAAUCUAAAGUAGCCGUUCGUCGUUCGUUCGACGCUUUCGCUGUCGAAUGUCCAUCGCGCGUAUCGGUAAAGACAACUUGAACCCUGCUGCGGUCGAGACUGGGUCGAGAGGAGCAUUGGCAUCGGUAUCGAUAUCGAUCGGUACGGUGUCCGGGGAACCAGCGAUUAGAAGGCGCCCCCGCGAACGCAGCAGGAAUAUGCAAACGAAAAGUAAUAACUGGACAACGAGUGCUACGAACAAAAGCGAUGCGAAAGCCCUCUUAAAGCUCCCGAGAUAACGUAGUCUACGUAAGAAUGGGGCUAUUGAACGCGUUAACCCGUUUGCAUCGCGUGGCAGAGCGAGACGCAACGAACUCGUCGCCGAUCGUUUUCUGCGACAUUGCUCGAAGUGGUCGGUGCAUGCGGCUAUUUUGCCGUUACCAAUUCAUUGUUUCGCUUCCUUACUGUCGCGACCGAUGGAACGCUGACGAUGCAGAUGGGAUAGCGAGACCCUUUGUCUUCCGUUGAACCAUCGGAAUCGCGUUCGACGACACCGUAAACGACUAAAGAGGGUUUGAAAACAGCCGUCGCCGACGAUCCUGUACCAGCCAGUCAAUCGGCGCCGUCUCCGAUCCACCAGUAAUGUACCAUACACGAGCUAACACUAACGUCGUACUAACGUAACGUAGCGUAACGUAACGUUACGUAACUUCUAACAAUAAGUAACGCAAUAUCGUAUCGCUAACAGAUCCAGUAUCGUUGCUACGUUGAUAUAAUAUCGGUAAUAUUACUGCAGCACUACCAACGGCCGUUCGCGCCAUUCGACGACAGGCUGGCGUUGACACUAAAUCGGUAUUAUAUAUCGUUGCGGCAACGUCAGCGUGUCGUUACCGCACCACGGCGGCUGCCUCGCUGGUACAGGACGCGCGCGACAGGCUCGCGACGCUGUUUCUCGCGGCUUGGAACGGCUCGAGGGACUUUAUUUAGGAUCGACACUCUCGAAACCAAUGCCGGGAGGUACGUCCCGCGAUCGUUUUCGAGUGUUACCGUCGCGGCGGCGACGCUCUGCUUCGAGAACGACGAAACAAUGAUUAAGAAGAUGCGAGGCGGAGAACCGCCGGGAAACAAAAAUGGAAGAAAACCGCUCUUCCUUCUCUGUUCUCGAGAUUGCUUACCAGCGCCGGUUGCCGGUGUCUCGAGCUCCGCGUGAUCCCGCGCGAUCCCGCGGAUCCACGGUCCGUGGACGAUCCAGCGCGCGGAACCAUUCGCUGCUGCUCGAUCCGUCCCGUCGUUCCAUAUUUUAUUCGGCUUUCACCGAAAACCCAAACGGUAAUAUUUCUCGGCGCGGACGAUAACGGCCGAUCUUUUUCAUAAUCAGAGUACAAGCGUAGCAGUUUUACGCGAUGGAUAGUUCUUUCCUUCCUUUUUUCAGCAGGUUCGCGGUACAAUUUUUCGACUCGUGUAUUUUUAUAUGUCCGGAACGAACGAAUUUGCACAUUUUUCUACUCUAGAUUGCGGACCUUCCCGGGACGUUUAAACGACGAAUCCACCGAGCAACAGUGAGAAGAUCGAACUCGCGUAGCCUUUCCGAGGUUUCUAUUGCAAAACUUGCUCGAACAAAGCGAUCUAUUCAAACGUUUCCCAUGGAACAGUAUUUCAAAGUUUGUAAAAUAUUAUCUAAAGAAUUAUGAAAUAAGAAUUCGGUCGUUUUGACCCAUUCUAAUCUCGAACAGGGUGUUUUCCUAGCGAGAAGCGUGUAUUCUCAAGUUUAUCACAGAGUAUUUUGCUAGCGAGUUGCGUAUUUUCGAAAACGGAGCGUUUCGCUGACUCCGUGUUCUCAUCUCGAUCCUCGAAUGUUUCUGACAUUGGCAUUUCUAAAGCGACGUUAGGGUAAUCUCAAUGCGUCGCGUCCCUUCGACGCGAAGCGUAGGAACGACCGGUCUCAGACGGAAUCUUCUGAGACGCCCCUGGAUCGAGAAAUCGAACAGUGCCUUCCAAAGUAAGUUCCGAAGUGCCUUCCCGACGGCGCCAGCGGCUCGCAAAAAUUGGCGUCGAUCAGCAACGCGUCCUUUCGCGGACGCGCGCUCGACGCUGCCCGCCGGACGGGCCGGAAAAUCUCAGCUAGCGCGGCGCGAAACGAUCGCGAGGAGGCGAUCCGUAUCGUCCCGAGACACGCGAUUAGGUUUAUCCGUUCCGACGUCCCGACGAACGCUACCAGCACUGGGUUUCUCUGAAAGUUUCUCCAAGGAACGACGACCGUGGAUCGCUCGAGGCGAGAACGUUUGCGCGACUGGUUCUGGUGAUUUUGGUCCCAUAUAUCUAUGAUAUAUUAACGUUGUAUGUUCCAUGAACGAUCUAGCACGUAAGCACAACUUAGCCACGUAGGACACACCGGCGGCUCACGUGAGCCGUCGCUAAGUUACUCCAAGAGAGAUUCUCUUGUCUAUCUUACUUUUGAUUUUCAUGUUUAUUUUUACCACCUGUUAGAUCAACUUUAUCUACGAACGCUGUCUUCCGCCGUGAACUGCGACGAGAACUGCGCGCACAAACGGUUCGAUCGAAAUUCCCAGAGGAACGAAAUUCCCCGAACAAACGAAUCGGUCGAGUUGUUCCUGCUGUUCUGCUCUAUCGGGCCACCGGAUGCGAAUUUUCUUUCGCUCGUUCUCAUUUCCCGCAACUUCGCAGAAUCGUACAUAGAAUACUAACAAUAGUAAUUAUAAUAUCCUUUCGAAAAUACGAAGGAAAUUCGCGUUUAUCAGGCCCGACUAUUGGUCAGAGCAAACACGGCAUUCCUCUGAAACCCAUGGGCUCGUUCACACGAGGACGCGUGCGUCGCGAUACACGUAUCCGCGGCUUACUAGCGGAUUACAAUAGUAACAGCUUCGUGUGAAACGGGUCUAAAGGCCUAAGCCUAAGGUAACAACGAUCCUAAUCCUCCCUAGAGAAGCUUGCGAACUCAGUAAUUCCGAACAUUCUGUAACUUGGUACACAAGCGGCGUUGGUACCCGGUAACACGAUACUAUUUUUUGUCAGUGCUAAAUUCUACUUUAAAGUGGUGAAAUCAACUCUCGAAGGUUUGUACUUUUUUUCUGCGUAACUUCGUGCUGCUUACAAAAAACUGUUCUCAUCGUACAAUUUUUUUAAAAUAAAUAAUUGCUUUUAUUUAUUUAUAUAGCUGUAAAUGAUAGAAACGAUUGUUCCGUACGAAAAAGUUUUCAUUUUGUACGAUCUAACGAAAUGUGAGAGAAGAGAAUUUUUUGUUCAAGCAUUUGUUACAAAUAAUUAAUUAUCGUUACACGCAGAUGGUAACGAUGUAAACGUGUAACGAUAACUAAUUAUUUAUGACAAUUACUCGAACAAAAAAUUCUUUUAUUUUACAUUUCGUUAGAUCGUUCAAAAUGAAAUAUAAACAAUCGUUUCUAUCAUUUACGGUUAUAUAAAUGAUUUGUAUAUUUUUUUUACAUAAAUGGGGUUCUAGAGCAUAAAAAGUUGCACAAUUUAUCUCUGGCCAUCUUUGUCGUAUUUCUUAGCAUUACGAAGUUAUGCAGACAAAAAAAGAACAAAAAAUGCCAAAACUUUGGAGGUUGAUUUCACCACCUCAAAGUGGAAUUUAGCACUAAGAAAAAAUAGUUUUGUGUCACUGGAGGCCUACGCUACUUGUGUACAAAGUUUCAGAAUAUUCCGAAUUUUUGAGUUCGCAAACUUCCUUAGUUAGUGUACUCACGAAAAGAGGCUACGCAAGGGGUGGGGGCAGGCGACGCAUGCGCAGGAGUCCCGCGCAACGGCGUGGCGCGUCUAUCGCGCGUGAACGUUAUACAUAAUUCUGAACUACGAUCGGACAAAGGCGCGCCACGCCGCUGUGCGGGACUCGCGGCGCAUGCGUCAUCUAUCCCACCUUUGCAUAAUUUAUUUUCUCGACUAUACUAUUCGCUAUGAGCUGCAUUUCAUUCUAGCCGGUGGAGGGAAAGAGAAACGGCUGAGAGGGAGAGUGAACGAGGAAUACCGUGGUCUCGUGUUGACAAUUGAAAAGUUGAAACUUUCGGAAAACAAAACCGUCGACGUUGCUUACAAUUAGAACGUCGCACGAACUCGGCGAGAGAGAGAGAGAGAGAGAGAGAGAGAGAGAGAGAGAAAGACAGCGUUCGUAAUUUUCGUUUCCCGUACCCCGUAAGUCGUAAGUAAUAGUGGCUCUUACGUUUCUAAACAUUCGCGAAUCUUCCACUAAGAUUUAUUUAAACUUUCUCCGAAUGCUUUCGGAAUUCCAGACGCGUUCACCGGGUCCCCCGUGACAAUAAUUUCACGAGGCUCCGCUUCGGGUACGGCUCGAGUAUCGAGCGGCCGUUCAUUCCGCCCGUUAAAUCGCCGAUUAAUGGCAAACGCGACAUUCCGUCGAUGCUUAAAGCGAAAUUACAGGUCGAGCAACCGAGCAUCCACGAACUCGCAUCGGAAUUUAUUUUACGCGGAACGAUUCAAUUUUAUUCGCCGGCGGACUGCGGAGCCCGGUGAACGCGUCCCAGGUUCUACUAACGCUUCAAGAUUGUUCGCUCACUGAUUAUAUCGGUUGUACAUACGUCUCGGCGUUAAUCAUUUUCUACGUUUGUUUUUAUUUAUUUAAUUGAGUUCUCGUAAUCUUAUUAAUAUAUUGCACGAAUAGCCGUUAGGAAGACCGCAGGUGCGCCAGACGCCGCGAACGUUUAACAUCGUUCGCGUGGCUCUGGUUUCAUCAGUUAUCGCGUUCAUCGAAUAUGUCGAUUUCUAUCAUCGUCUGGCCUAACGAAUGCUGAAUGAUGGUGACAAUUUACCGCGGUAAUUCGAAACGGGGGUGUCCACCUCGUCGAAAUGUCCGUUCAGAUUUCUGUCGGCUAUUGGAUCGACGCAGGGAUAAUUCUAAUUUUUUCUAACCAUUCAGCUGACAUUUUGAAACUAUGUACAUACGUCCUUUUGGAAGAAUUAAAUUCAUGUUCAUUAGCACACUAUCUGCGGGUCAGAGAUCGAGCUUAACUCGCGCCCAACGGGGGGAAAUCAGUGAAUUUUGAACAAAUCCGCGUUUCGAGGAACACAUUUAACAUUUGGAAUACCGAAAAUAUAAGGUUUCGAUAACAAGUAUAUAACGAGGAUUUCUCGGAUUUCACAGAGGGACUCCUUCAUAAUGUAUAACGAAAUUAAAAAGAAAUUAAAUUUUUUGAAAAAGUAUCUACACCUUUCCCGCAUAUAGCGUGUUAAGCUGCGAUUAAAAAAAAAACAACAACAAAAAAACAACGAUCCGUUGGGCCUCUGGACACCCGAUUGUUGCGGCAUUGUAAAAAGAUCGCGGUUUCUGCACCGACGAAACCGCGCGAUCUUUCCGCCGCGUCGGGUCGCGUAAAAUUCUAAAAGGUUAAGUCGUUGAGCCAAAGAACGUGGCCGCGAGCUCGACAACUUGUCGGAUGCAAUAUUUUCAGCUGAAAUAAAUGCGUUAUUGAAAAAAAAAAAAACAAUGUAGUUGAAACUGUGAAAUUUAUGCGAAAGCAACCGACGUGUACCUCGACAACCUGUUUUUUCGGAAUGCUCGUCGAGAUUGUUCAGCGGUCGCCCGAUUUCAUCGAUCAAUGCCUGCUCGUGAAAUCAUCGAACGAGGUGCAGCAUCGGGCCUCGAUGGAUGAUAAAGUCGGCCCGUCUCCUUGGCCGUCGUCGAAGUUCCGGCUAAUAAGCGGCGGGCAAGGUGUUGUUACUAGAAUUUUAAGGUGCCGACGCGACCGUUUCGUCGGCCUUCUUAUCGGAAUCCCGUCGAAACGAAAAGUCUCGCGAACCAUUGGCGAUCGUAAACACGGCAUUCGAUUAUCGGUUUGGUUCGACAGUGUCGCGGCUUUCGAUCGACCACCUUGUCGAUUUAUCUUCACCCCUUUUAGCGGCGCGAUCGGCGACCAACCGACAGCAUGCAAAUUACGUCUCUCCGAGUCGCAAAUCUUUUGUCGCGAAUCGCCGAGUUUGGGACGCGCGAAACAACUCUCGGAAUUCAGCAGAGAAUUCUUCAAUAUUCUUGGAAAUUCUUGAAAAUUCUCGAGAAUUCUCACGAGCACAGUCUCAUCAAUGAAAACUUCAGCGCUCGUUUGGACAAUGUGCUCGUUUCCAAUACAUUCAACUUCGCGGAUCGAAAUCUUUCCAGCUACGACGAUUGCGAUGAUUUUGCGAUUUGCGAAGACUCGCUGCAGGUGCACGAAGCGCCGCUGUCGCAAAGAGGGAGAAAAUGGGCGGCGAAUCAUCCUCGGAGAUUAGAUUAUAAAAUCAAGGUAGUCGUUUGCGGUUGGGAAUCAGCAGCGCGUUUCGCAGCCGCGGCCGUCGAGAUUUCGUCGAGAUUGACACUGUCGCGAUUCAAACGAAUACGAAGAAUGCCGAUAACGUAAUUACCAGGGUGCAAUUGUGCGUAAAUUGUUUAGGGUGUAGCAAUCCGAGCUCUGAAUCUAUUCGGACUUAACCCGUUGCACUCGAAUGGCAUCUCGGUGGUAGCGAUUCAAUUUACCGUGGUGUAAUCUCAAAAACUUUCGACAUACCAUUGUUUUUGAUAAAGUUUCUAUUUGAGAAACCGUUGAAAAUUCGAGUGUAGCAUAGCAUAAGUAACUGUUCAAUACUACAAAUCGCUGCUCUAAUUCAACAUUGAGAUAUGUACAACUAAUGAAGUUCCAAGAAAAAGGAAUUUAAAGCUUUUUUCAUUUCUGUUUUUAUAUUUAUAUUUUUAUUAUUAUAAAUUUAUAAUCUAAUAAUUGGAUUGUCGAAAAUAACGAAAUAUUGUUUUCACUAAAUUUUCCACACUUUGCAGAUACUAUGAACGGUAACCUGGUUUCUUGAUUGAUGUACAUACCACUGUUGUAUUGAAUACGAUAAUAAUAGUAUUGCAGAUAAUACUAUUUGGUACGAAAUAACAGAAUGUCUCCAAAUCACAUUUUUUUGUUAAAUGUCUGAAUAUUGAAUUAGAACAGCGAAAAAGGAGAACAAAUAAUCGGAAAAGAAUAGGAGUUCGAAUAUCAUCGAGUGCAAAGUGAUAAUAACGACAAUAAUUAGAGUGCUCUAUCGGGUAAAUUUUUACAGGAGGUCGACGGGUUCGAAACGAUUAUCAUUUUAAGAAAUAAAGAUUUGACGGGCUCGAGCGCGGCCCGAGCCCACGCCGCUAUUUUCGUGGCUCGUCCGAGCGAAAGGAGAAAGUUGCAAAAAGUGCUUCCAGCUGCCAGUGACCGACGAAACGCGAUCCGAUUCGAUCUCUCGAAGCUCGUACGUAAUCAGCGUUCGUGCGAUCGCGGUGUUCGCUGUCAAUUAUCGUGUUACGCCAACGGUCCGUCCAUGCGAUAAUCGGGCGCUGCUUUCACCAAAAAUUUUUGCGAUUUUUCUACCAACGUUUCGAUUCUUUGUACACACAUACGAAAGACCGUAACGCCGCGUUUAUGCAACAAAGACUAUUGUAUACCGUCGAUUUUGUCGCUGGAAUUUCACGGCGAGGUACUAAACCCGUGCAGAGGUAACGAAACUGAAAACAAAAAAAAUUGUAAAACCACCGAAA